CCUGCCCUCCCCCGCCCUCCCCAACCCACGCCCGAGUGGGCCAAUCGCUGCUCCGCAUUCCAGGCGCUUUCUCAGGUUUCUGCUGAUCUUGCAGCGCCCAGAAAUGGACCGAGCGGACCUGCCGCCGCACGCACCCUGCCCCACUCGGAGAUCCUAACCGCUCCCGGCACGCCGCGUAGCCUCGGCGAGGUCCACGCUGGGGUGCGGGAAGCGGAGGAGAUCCGAGAGCCAUGUAGAUCCAGGCUCUUGCUCGCCCGCCUCCUUCGGGAUUGAAUCAGGGGCUCCCAUAGUGUUAGGAGGGGGCGAGAGUGCUGUUUAUCGUCAUUUGCUUCCGAGCCUCGGGAGAGGGUGGCAUUUUGCUUUUCCGCCCCGCAUCCUCCGGAACUCCCUGCACCAGCGAGAGGACGGCAUCUCUAGGUUGCUGGCAACCGGUGAGAAUGGGGGAAGGGAACGGACAUUUCCGCCGUAGCGGCUCGCUCAAUCGAUUGUCCCACUGAAGGGGCGUAGGACGAGGGGGUGAGGGCGGCGACUUUGCCCCGGCGCCUCUCAGAUGCUGCCGCGGCUCCGGCCGCCGCUCCCGCCCGGGUACUGCAAAGGCGACCUGCCGCAUUCCUACUGGGGCUCUCCUCCGACUCAGCACCGCCCCUGCGCCAAGCCGGCCGGCCAGCGUCCAUCGAUCGCCCUGGUGGGAGCUUAGAAGGCGGCAGGCGAAGAGGGGUAGGAGGGGGGGAGAGCCAAGGAGAAGCAGAGGGGGUGGCAGGCGAGGGGAUCUGCUGAGCUGGCUCUGCACCCGGUCCUAGGAGGGCUCACGGAAGGGAGGGGAGGACAGGGUGACCCCCGAAGUGGUGGCCCGGUCCGCUAGAACGGCACUGCGCUAAGGCACCUCGGAGCAGGAAGAUACACCAAUCCUCCCCCCCACCCCACCCUCGGCAAAAAGCUACACCCAGGGCCGCAGGCGAGUGGGAUUCCAAACUGAGUAAAAGGCAGGGUGGAGGGGAAGGUAAGGAGAAGUGAAGUCACAGAUCUCUCCACCUGCUGGCUUUGAAGCCCUUUCCCCUGAGCGUGGGGAAGCUGCGCACUCCGGUGGGGGGGGGCGCUUGGGUCCCCCCCACCCCUCCUCUCCCGCUGCUUCCCACCCCCGGCCUUCUCCUGGUCUCUCACCCCUGCGCCCUGCUUCCACAAUGACGGUGAUGUCUGGAGAGAACGUGGACGAGGCUUCGGCCGCCCCGGGCCACCCCCAGGAUGGCAGCUACCCCCGGCCGGCGGAGCACGACGACCACGAGUGCUGCGAGCGCGUGGUGAUCAACAUCUCCGGGCUGCGCUUCGAAACGCAACUCAAGACCCUGGCGCAGUUUCCCAACACGCUGCUGGGCAACCCUAAGAAACGCAUGCGCUACUUCGACCCUCUGAGGAACGAGUACUUCUUCGACCGCAACCGGCCCAGCUUCGACGCCAUCCUCUACUACUACCAGUCCGGGGGCCGCCUGCGGAGGCCGGUCAACGUGCCCCUGGACAUGUUCUCUGAGGAGAUCAAAUUUUACGAGCUGGGCGAGGAGGCCAUGGAGAAGUUCCGGGAGGACGAGGGCUUCAUCAAGGAAGAGGAGCGCCCCCUGCCCGAAAAGGAAUACCAGCGCCAGGUGUGGCUGCUCUUCGAGUACCCUGAGAGCUCGGGGCCCGCCCGGGUCAUCGCCAUCGUCUCGGUCAUGGUCAUCCUCAUCUCCAUUGUCAUCUUUUGCCUGGAGACUCUACCGGAGCUGAAGGAUGACAAGGACUUCACAGGCACCGUGCACCGCAUCGAUAACACCACGGUUAUCUACAAUUCCAACAUCUUCACGGACCCCUUCUUCAUUGUGGAAACCCUGUGCAUCAUCUGGUUCUCCUUUGAGCUGGUGGUGCGCUUCUUCGCCUGCCCCAGCAAGACAGACUUCUUCAAAAACAUCAUGAACUUCAUCGACAUUGUGGCCAUCAUCCCCUAUUUCAUCACCCUAGGCACCGAGAUAGCCGAGCAGGAGGGAAACCAGAAGGGCGAGCAGGCCACGUCGCUGGCCAUCCUCAGGGUCAUCCGGUUGGUAAGGGUUUUUAGAAUCUUCAAACUCUCCCGCCACUCCAAGGGCCUCCAGAUCCUGGGCCAGACCCUCAAAGCUAGUAUGAGAGAGCUAGGGCUGCUCAUCUUUUUCCUCUUCAUUGGGGUAAUCCUGUUUUCUAGUGCAGUGUACUUUGCCGAGGCGGAAGAAGCUGAGUCGCACUUCUCCAGUAUCCCCGAUGCUUUCUGGUGGGCGGUGGUGUCCAUGACCACUGUAGGAUACGGUGACAUGUACCCUGUGACAAUUGGAGGCAAGAUCGUGGGCUCCUUGUGUGCCAUCGCUGGUGUGCUGACAAUUGCCCUGCCCGUACCUGUCAUUGUGUCCAAUUUCAACUAUUUCUACCACCGAGAAACUGAGGGGGAAGAGCAGGCUCAGUUGCUCCACGUUAGUUCCCCUAAUUUAGCCUCUGACAGUGACCUCAGUCGGCGCAGCUCCUCCACUAUCAGCAAAUCUGAGUACAUGGAGAUCGAAGAGGAUAUGAAUAAUAGCAUAGCCCAUUAUAGACAGGCCAAUAUCAGAACUGGCAACUGUACCACAGCUAACCAAAACUGCGUUAAUAAGAGCAAGCUACUGACCGAUGUUUAAAAAGCCAAGCAAGCAA